CAUGAUCAGCCUCUGGCCUUUCAAGCGAUCAUUAUUUGCUGUGAUUGACAUGUUGGGAUGGUUUGCAUUUCAUUGAUGAGAUUUUCAGAGCCGUGGGGCUUGUGAUCCUUUAGCGAUCGGUGGUACGUCACCUAACAGCCAUCCCAGUAGCACAAGGAUGGAUUACCAAAGGAGCAACUGCCCACAGUCCAAAUAUCAUCAGGGCAAACUCACCCAACCUGCCACCCAGGAGUCUGCAGAGGUUGUGGACCUGAACAGGGACCCAACAGAAGCAGCACCAGUUAUCUGCCUGACCCCAGGGUGCCUCAGCACAGAUCUUCACAGCAGAUUAGAGAGAUAUGAAGAUCCUGGGCCAGGUUGCUUUCCUGCUUUUGCUCGGGGGGAUCUGGUGUCAGAACAACCGUAAUGCCAAAGCCAGCAAACCCAGCAAGAAGUCUGGUGGUAACCAGGGGGGGGAAUCUGGCCAGUCUCCCCCGACUGCUGAUCUGACUCCUGGAAACACCAGGAGCACCAGAGGCGGUGGAGGCUCAGCUGAAACCGGACGAGAAGGUGCUUCAGGAGCUGCUGGAGCUGCAGGAGCUGCAGGAGCUGCAGGAGCUGCAGGAGCUGCCCGAGCAGCUGGACAACAGACGGAUGAAAUGAGGCUGCACUUCCUCAGGAACACCCAAGUUACAUGCAAUGAUGGAACAGCAGCUGGGUUUUACCUAAAAGAGUUCAGAGGAAGCCGCCGAUGGCUGUUAUUUCUGGAAGGUGGCUGGUGCUGCCACAGCAGGGAGAGUUGUGAUUCCAGGUACCAAAAUAUACCCCGGCUAAUGAGCUCAUCAGGGUGGCCCCAGACAAAAAGAGGAACUGGAAUAUUGUCUGCUCAAGCAGAGGAAAACCCACACUGGCACAAUGCAAACAUUGUAUUCAUCCCGUACUGUUCCAGUGAUGUAUGGAGUGGCACUGGGCCCGCCCCGACCCCUCCUCCAAGGCAACGACAAGGCAGGGAAAAGGAGAGAGAAACAAAUACAAAUACAAAUACAAAUACAACUGAGUACACCUUCAUGGGAUCCCUGAUCAUCCGCGAGGUCAUCAAAGACCUCGUCCCCAAAGGAAUCAAGCAGGCCAAGGUUGUCAUGCUGUCUGGCACAAGUGCUGGAGGGACGGGUGUUUUACUGAAUAUUGAGAGGGUGGCCAGUCAGCUGCAGCAGCUCGGUGCGGAGGCGCAGGUCCGAGGCCUCGUGGACUCUGGGUGGUUUCUAGAGAGUAAACAGCAGAGAUCGGCCAACUGCCCCGAGACUAUUUCCUGCUCACCCGAAGAUGCUAUCAGGAUAGGUCUCAGGCUGUGGAACGGGGUUGUACCUGAAAGAUGUCGGCAGCUCUAUAAGAGAGGAGAGGAGUGGCAGUGCUUCUUUGGCCACAAACUCUACUCCACCUUGACCUCCCCUCUGUUUGUCGUGCAGUGGCUGUUUGACGAGGAGCAGCUGAGAGUGGAGAACAUCUACAUGGGAGGACAGAGUCUGUCCGAGGAGCAGUGGCAGUACAUACAGAACCUGGGCAGGGAGCUCAAGAACUCUCUGAGAGAUGUCACGGCUGUGUUUGCUCCGUCCUGCCUCUCCCACACAUCGAUCACCAGAAGUAACUGGAUGAGUUUCCAAGUCAAAGGCACCUCUCUGCCGCGGGCCCUGCAGUGCUGGGACAGGAGUCUGGAGGCGACCCGCAACAACAGAACCCCCGCCAAAGGCUGUCCUUUCCACCUGGUGGACACCUGCCAGUGGCCCCAGUGCAACCCUACCUGCCCAGCCUUGGUGGACCAAGCCACCCAGCAGGAGCUCACCCUGCCCCAGAUGCUGGUAGCCAUGGGGCUUGACCCCCAGAAGCUGGGCCUGGAUCCCCAGGAAGAUGCAGAUUCUCUGGCCAGCAUGGUCAGCAAUGGUGGCUAAAUGUCAACGUUGAUGGCGGCUUUUUAGGUAGCCAUGCAAAGGCUUACUGGAGGAAAGCAAUGUGUUGAAAUUUUAACAGAAAUAGUACAGAAAUCUGGUUACUAUGUCUUGUGCUGCUCAGCAUUCCAUUAUGCUUCAUGUGUCUGUUCAAUUAGUGACUUGACUGGUGGCUAUGUCACUGUGUCUCUGUGCCUCUACUGGACACCAGCAGAAAGACAUUCAGUUCUAAACCCAAGGUGGUUGAAUAGCUUUGAGUUUUUAGCAGAUUACUGGACAUACUGCACCCACUACAACACACUUUAAUCAUGAUCACAUGAGUAAAUAAACUUCAAGAGUGUGCUAGUAUAACUGAAUACAUUAAUCCAAUAGGGUCUCCUGCAAAAAAGUCAGAAGCAACCACAUGUUGCUCAGACAGGACAGAUAAUGAAAAUGAUAUUUGCACAACUUAUACUUUACUUGUUAGCAUUUGAAUCAACUUUAAUUAAAGGUGCAAUGUGCAAGAAUUUUGGUAAAUAGUAAAAUCAGAUUAGCAACAGAAUGUGAAGCAAUUAUAGUUUUGACUUAGGAUGUCCAUGCAUUAUGUCGCAGAAGUUAACGUUCACUCUUGUGAUAUUAUGAGUAUGACUAUGGCAGAUCUUACAUUCUGCACCUUUAAAGGUUUUUUAAAUGCUCUUUCUUCCUGACAGUUGUAUUUGUCAUAUAUUAGCAGUUACCCAUAUGUCGUGCCAAACUUUGAUAAUCUGAUCCCCACGUAAUAAAACACUCCACAGACACAAAAACGGAACUCACUCUAACUCAAAAUGUUUUAUUUGCACACACAGUUCCAAAAGACACUGAUUGUGAUUUAUUGUUUCAUUUGUAGCUCCUGAUGCUAUGCUAACUUAUAUAUAUGACAUGAUCUAUAUAUACAGAUUUAAUGUGCAUGUAAGACAAAAAAAGUGUGAUUAGUUAUUGAUGUUUUUUGUGUAGGCCAGCAGGAGUUUAUCUAUUUGACAUGUGAAGUCUGAAAUAAUAAAACAACUCCUUGAAAAGUA